AUGGGCAAAACUACUGAGAUCAUUGCUAAAGUCCCACAAUCUUCAUUUUAUGAUGAAGGGCAUCCCGAGGCGCCUCCUGAAGCUAAAGCCGGCGCUUCGCAAGCUCGCGGAAUCGAUGAUCAGUACCUAACCAAAAGAUCAAAUAGCAAUGUGAUCCCUCGACCAUCAUUCACCCCCGGAUAUUUCAAUACCAUUCUUCAAACCGAUGAUUCGACCAAUGUUCCGGUCAUUCCAGAGCUGUUGCCUACGACCCCGGGAUUUGAGCUUGAGAGUGGAGGGAUGUUUGCCAACAGUACCACUAGAUUGAACAGUUUUCCUAACCAACAACAAGUCCCAACCAAGAAGCUUGCAAAAGGGAAAAAGAUCACAGGUAGCCCAUCAAUAUAUGAAGAUGGUGGGGAAGAUGAAGGUUAUGAGUUUCAUGUGAUCGGAGACCCUGAGAGUCCUAUUGUCGAUGAUGCAGGUUCUGAUAACAAGGAUACACAUCCAACGAUGAUGACCUUGAGUAACCCACCAAUGAACAGAUGGAGACUUCUCGCCUCUUGCUUCUGGUGCUUCAACGGUGGGAUCUCGGAUGGUUGUAUCGGACCGCUAUUACCUAACAUUGAAUCAUAUUAUAAUAUCUCAUACUCCAUCGUUUCUCUUAUCUGGUUAGGGAAUUGUAUUGGUUUUAUUCUCGUGGCUUCUACUUCCCACUUGGUAAGCAAGCGCCUUGGGCUUCAUUUCUUAGUAACUUCGCCAGCAAUAUUGCAAGCGAUCCAAUAUGGGAUUGUCUCUUCCGGGACAAAAUUCCCAGUAGUUGUCUUUGCCUAUUUUAUCGGCGGUAUUGCAUUAGCAUGUGGGUUGGCAAAUCAUAACUACUAUAUUUGUCGAAUUGAUAAAGCUAGUGUAUAUUUAGGAUUCUUUCAUGGCUCUUACGGGAUUGGUGCAACCAUUGGCCCAUUGGUUGCUACAGUCAUGUUGGAAGCAGGAAUCAUGUGGUAUUAUUUCUUUUUGGUGUUGGUGGGGGUAUCAACCUUCAAUUCGUUUUUCUUAUGGUGGGCAUUUAGAGAUGUUGCCGAAGAUUUCUCACCUUUUGAAAACCAAGAGGAAUUAGUAAAAGAGGCAAAGUCUGCUUCAUCUAUCGAAUUGGAAGACCAGGUAUUGAGCACCGGGGCUGAUGUAAACGCAGGGGCAGAUAAUGAAUCUACUAAUGAUAUAUUACACACCAAAUCCAUAAAAGAUGUUGAAGGAGAGUCUGUCAAGCUUCCUAGUGAUUUCACAUUAGCUGUUAAACUCAUCAAGACCUGGCUUAUUUCCCUUUUUGUGUUUUUCUACCAAGGUGCAGAAGUUGGUUUCGGGUCGUGGUAUGUUACGUUUUUACUUGAUUAUCGUCAUGGUAAAGCGUCUUCUCGUUACGUUGCUUCUGGUUUUUGGUUUGGUGUCACCGUUAGCAGAUUCCUUGUGACCCCAUUAGGAGUGAAAUAUUUAGGUAAUAGGCGCUCAAUCAUUGUAUUAUCGUUACUUGUAAUUGCGUUUGAUAUUUUAGCAUGGUUUAUCACCGAUACAGUUGCCGCAGGUUUUAUGGCCUCUCUAGUUGGCUUCUUUCUUGGUCCAACUUAUCCAUUGAUGAUUGGAUUGGUGACACGGAUUUUACCACGUAAGGUGCAAGUAAUUUCUAUGACAAUUAUGUCUGCUUUUGGAAGUAGCGGUGGGGCAUUGUUCCCGUUCUUGAUUGGUAUCAUGUCACAGUACUUCCAAACGUGGAUCUUAAACCCCAUUUUCAUUGCGUUGAUUUCAUUCAUGUUGUUUAUGUGGAUACUUUUGCCAAACGUUGAGCGGAUCGACAAAUCAGGAAACCCAAAAAAUGUAUGGCAACGUAUAUGGUGA